AUGCUUAUUGUAGGUCUUACGGGAGGAAUCGCCACUGGCAAGUCUACAGUGUCCAAGACGCUACACGAAAGGCACAAUUACACCAUCGUUGAUGCCGACUUGAUCGCCAAAGAAGUGGUGUACCCUGGCAAGAGGGCGUACGAAGAGGUAGUUAAGGCAUUUAAAGACGAGGUGGAAGACCUCGUCAACCCCAACGACUUCUCGCUUAAUCGUGGUGCUUUGGGGGCAGCGGUAUUCGGCAACAGAGAGAGGUUGAACAAGCUCAAUUCCAUCGUACACCCUGCCGUCAAGAAGGAGAUCGUGUGGCAAAUAUUCCAUGCGUACGUGACGGCCCAGAGCUUGGUGAUCCUUGACGUGCCUUUGCUCUUCGAGAGUGGGUUAGACAAGAUCUGUGGGUUGACAGUCACCGUCACUUGUGCUGACGACAUCCAGAAACAAAGGUUGCAACUGAGAAACCCCGAAUUGAGUGCUGAAGAUGUGCAGAAGAGAAUUGACAGUCAAAUGUCCAAUGCAGUUAGAAACCACCGGGCCGAUUUGGUCAUCGAUAACAGCAAAGACUUGAAGAGAUUGAAGCAGUCCAUUGACGAAGUCGCCAAAGAAAUCCACCCAGGAAUCAUCUUCACAGCAUUGGAUUUGUUUCCUCCGUUUGGUCUCAUCUCGGCCCUCUUUACCUUUGCUAUAAGGUCGGUCAGAGACAGGCUCAAGGGGAAUGAGCCCAAGAAGAACGACUGA